UACGCCUUCAAUUUUUCUCACACUUCUCUAAUCAGGCUCCCACACCCGUUGUAGGUCCACAGUGCUUUGCUGGCGGCCGAGCGCACAUGCUCUAUCGUUGGAAGACAUACGAGUGAGGAUCUGACCGGGUCCGCCCUGAGUCUGAGUGGAUGUAUCCGGCCUUAGUAGGGACGUGUGUCCGUGUGCGGUUGUCACUUUUGGGCCUUGGUUUCCUUUAAGUCCUGUGCAGCCACCCCAUUUUGUUCAGAAAUAAAAAAACAUAAAAAACCGGGGGCAGCCAUCAUCAUGGAGAAGGGCAGCGCGAUCGUGGUGGUGUUCUUGCUCUGUUUCGCCGCCGUGAGAGCGGAGGACCCCUACUUGUUCUACACCUGGAAGGUCACCUACGGCGUCAUAUCCCCGAUGGGGAUUCCCCAGCAGGGUAUCCUCAUCAACGGGAAAUUCCCGGGUCCCAGGGUUAAUUGCACGUCCAACAACAAUAUCAUUGUUAACGUGUUCAACGAGCUUGACGAGCCUCUUCUUUUCACAUGGAGCGGGAUCCAGCAGAGGAAGAACUCGUGGGUGGAUGGCACUCCGGGGACAAUGUGCCCGAUCAUGCCGGGCACAAACUUCACCUACAAGUUCCAGGUGAAGGACCAGAUCGGGAGCUAUUUUUACUUCCCGACCACGGGCCUUCACCGUGCGGCCGGAGGGUAUGGGCCGAUCAAUGUCCAUAGCCGCGCUCUCAUCCCCGUCCCGUUCGACUCCCCCGCGGAGGAGUUUGACGUUUUCCUCAGUGAUUGGUACACAAAGGGACACAAGACGUUGAAGAGGAUAUUGGACAGCGGUCGGUCCAUCGCGAGGCCUGAUGGCCUUGUGAUCAAUGGGAAGCAUGGGAAGGUUGGCGAUAACGUUGCGCCCCUUUUCACCAUGGAAUCCGGAAAGACUUACAGGUACAGGUUUUGCAAUGCGGGGAUGAGGACGUCGGUGAACUUCAGGUUUCAGGGGCACACGAUGAAGCUGGUGGAGAUGGAGGGUUCACAUACGGUGCAGAACAUUUACGACUCCCUGGACCUUCACGUCGGCCAGUGUCUCUCCGUUCUUGUGACCGCCGAUCAGAAGCCUAAGGAUUACUACUUGGUCGCCACCAGCAGAUUCUUCAAGAAGCAAUACUCCACGGUGGCUGUUAUCGGUUACGCUGAAGGGAAAGGCGUAACCGCUUCCCCGGAAAUUCCGCCCCCUCCCAAGGAAAACACGGAAGGCAUCGCGUGGUCAAUCAACCAGUUCCGAUCCUUCAGGUGGAACCUCACCGCCAGCGCCGCCCGGCCGAACCCGCAGGGAUCCUACCACUACGGCCAGAUCAACAUCACCCGCACAAUCCGAAUCUUAAACUCAAAGGUCCAGGAAGGGGGAAAGCUCCGAUACGCGCUCAACGGCGUCUCCCACGCCGACCCCGAGACCCCCCUGAAGCUCGCGGAGUACUUCCAGAUCCCAGAGAAGGUCUUCGAGUACGACGUCAUGAGCGACGCGCCUCCGUCGGAUCUCAAGAAGAUCAAAUCCGCCGCGAACGUCGCCAACGCCACGUUCCGCAACUUCGUGGAGAUCGUGUUCGAGAACCGGGAGCGGAGCAUCCAGACGUACCACGUGGACGGGUACUCGUUCUUCGCGGUGGGGAUGGAGGCGGGGAGGUGGGGCCUGGAGAAGAGGAGGAACUACAACCUGGUGGACGCGGUGAGCCGGCACACGAUCCAGGUGUACCGCUUGAGCACCCGCCGCCACUACUGCUGCGACCUGUUGCGGCCUUACACCUUAGACUCUAGCCUCUACACCCUCUUCUGCAUGGACCCCGUCGUCUACAUGAAGUCGCAGGAAAGAGGCCGCUCUAGAAACUCCCUGCUCAUGUUGAACGGCCUGUUGGUCGAAGAGACGCCGGAGCAGUUCCCGCGGAGGUACGGUGGACCGUACACAAUAUAAAUACAUUUGAAUUUUUUAAGAAUUUGAUUAUUAAUUUAAUUUUUUAGAAAUUUUAAAAAUUCAAGACUUCGAUUAUUAUUAAUCAAAGAAGAAAAAGAAAGGGAAGGGAGGUGUAAUUGUACAGUAUUGUUUUGAUUGUGAACAGAAAUAUUACCAAGCUGGAGCAUCACUCUGGCUAAAUUGGCGUAAAUAUUUUUUACUCCGUCCCUCUUAAUUUGAUUACAAAUUGCGAGUUACGAAGUAAAAUUUUCUACUUUUU